UCCUCUUCCGGUCUGCCUCCAUCCUCCCGCAGCAGCUCGAUGGGGAGCAGGGGGGAGGCUGAGAUCUGGGUGAUGGUGAUGGAGGGCAGCAGAGAGCAGGUCCAGUGAGCCUCUUCAGGACCACGGACAGCGACCAUGACGCGGAUGCGCAGGAAGGCGGCCGUCGCGCUCCUCCUCUUCACCAUCUUCAUCUUCGGAACCAUGAUGGGACUCAGGACGCUGAAACCCAGCGACGGCUUCUCGGAUCUGGCCCCAGGCAUGGAGCGGUUCGGGGACAGGCCCGACAGGAAGCGGCUGGACGGGAAGGUCGCUCUGGCGUCGCCGGACCUGUUCCGCUCCGGCGGCAGCGACACCAAGGUGGUUUUCACCAAAUCCGACCGAGAUUCGAGCAUCUUCUAUGACGUCCACAUCUUCUACUACCUGUGGUACGGCUCCCCCGCCAUGGACAACAAGUACAUCCACUGGGAUCACCCGCUGGUGCCGCACUGGGACCCCAAGAUCGCCGCCAGCCACGCGCAGGGGAGACACGCUCCUCCCGAGGACAUCGCCUCGAGCUUCUACCCGGAGCUGGGCCCCUACAGCUCCAGGGACCCAAACGUUCUGGAGGCUCACAUGGCCCAGAUCGAGGAAGCUGCUUCAGGCCCCCAGCAGCCUGACAGACCUUCUUCUCUGGUCUCUUACUGUGAGUGUGCAGGAGUGCUGGUGUUGUCAUGGUAUCCCCCUGGGGUGGCAGAUGAUCAUGGGGAGCCCACUGAGGACCUGGUUCCUGCUGUCCUGGACGCGGCCCAGAGGCACAGCAUCAAGGUGGCCUUCCACAUUCAGCCAUACAAGGGACGGACGGACCAGAGCAUGCAUGACAACAUCAAGUACAUUAUUGACAGAUACGGGAAGCAUGAAGCCUUCUACAGAUUCAGGACCAGCACAGGGCAGAUCCUGCCUCUGUUUUAUGUCUAUGACUCCUAUCUCACUCCUCCUGACUCCUGGACAGAGCUUCUGACCCCCACGGGUUCCCAGAGCGUCAGAGGAACGCCGUACGAUGGGGUGUUUGUUGCACUGGUGGUGGAGGAGCGCCACAAGCACGACAUCCUUGCCAGCGGCUUCGACGGGAUGUACACCUACUUCGCCUCCAACGGGUUCUCCUUCGGCUCGUCCCACCAGAACUGGAAAGCCAUCAAGGCGUUCUGUGACACAAACAAUCUGCUAUUCAUACCCAGCGUGGGUCCAGGGUACGUGGACACCGCAGUCCGACCGUGGAACAACCACAACACCAGGAACCGGGUCAACGGCCGUUACUAUGAGACGUCCCUGCAGGCGGCGCUGUCUGUCAGACCCGAAAUCGUAACCAUUACCUCCUUCAACCAAUGGCACGAAGGCACUCAGAUAGAAAGGGCCGUGCCCAAGAAAACAGCGGAACGUUUAUAUCUGGACUACCUGCCAAACCAAGCAGACCAUUAUCUGCAGCUGACGCGCCAGUGGGCCCAGACCUUCAGCAGAGAGAAGGACAAGUGGCUGAUGUGAAUCUGGGAACCAGUUUGACUCUGCUGGUGACCCUGGCUAUAGACCAACAGCUGCUCCUCAAUCUUUCCUCUUUAUCUGUUGUUUUCCUUCCUCUGAAAUAAAGACUGUUACUUCCUGUC